AUGCGUGGUGUCGCCGCUUUUUGUGUCUUUCUUUGCCAUUACUUCUACACUUGCUUCGUCAUUGCCGUAGGCUGGGGCUCAGAGGGAAGUAACUACCACUUUCUCAAGCUGCCCUUUAUCCGGCUCUUUUACUCGGGGCCGCCAAUGGUUUGUAUCUUUUUCGUCAUUUCCGGAUACGCAUUAUCUCUGAAACCACUGAAAAUCAUUCACUCUGUUUCAAGUCCUACUUCUUCAUCUACCAUUUCUUCAGCAGCACAUGGCGAAAAGCAGCAGGAACAUAACGACUACUCCAAGCUCCUCGACACCCUCUCCUCCCUCGUCUUCCGGCGCGGCCUCCGUCUGUUUCUUCCUCCCGCCAUUUCAACCUUCCUAAUCGUCCUGCUUCUCCGACUCGGAGUCUACGAAUGGAACCGCUCAUUUGCGUCCGACGCAGAAUUUCUGAGAAAUGUCCAAGAGAUUCACUACACGCGGUUCGACUCUGCCACCGAGCAGUUUGUCGACUGGGGAUAUGCAGUGCUCAACUUUGUGCAUCUGUGGGAUUGGGAUGCGUUUGCGGGGUCGACGGGGAUUGACGUCCAUUUGUGGACGAUCCCCGUGGAGUUCCGGGCUUCGAUGGUGCUGUUUUUGACCAUUUUGGGGACGGCAAGACUAAAACCAGGGGUGAGGAUGGGAGUUGUCAUGGCCUGGUGCGGGUUUGCGUUUUUGUGGGAGAGGUGGGAGAUGUGCCUGUUUUGGAUGGGGAUGGUGUUGGCGGAGGGGGACGUGGUUAGGGAGAUGGAAGCGAAACAGGAGAAGGGACGGGAAGAGGGAGGGCUUUCGGAGAGGAGAGGAGGAGGAGGAGUAUUGCCAAUUGUCGAGCCAACGGCGGUGGCGAUGACGGGAGACGUUAUGCUUAUGCCUCAGCAGCGACCGCACAAGUCGCGACGCCAUCCCCAGCCACACCCAGGGGCAACAGCACAAGGUGUGUCCUCGGAUAUGUAUAUUGUCGGAUCCGAGGACGAGGCUUCCCACUCCUCCACAUAUCCUCACUCUUCAAACAACCUCUCAUCAACAUCCAGCCGCCGCCGCUCCGGCUCCGCACCUCUUCUUUCCACCACUCCCUCCAUCUCAUACCCAUUCUACGAGUCUCGCCAGGCACGACCAUCAGCAACAACAUCUUUAUUACCCCCUUCUCCGCCUGGGCACGCCAUCCUCCCGACUAUCCUUCUCACAAUUUCCCUCUACCUCCUCUCCCAGCCCGACAUCAACUCCCACCUCACCCCCGGCUGGAUAACACUCACCUCCCUCAUCCCACCCUGGUGGACAGAACACUACCGCUUCUACCAAUCCAUAGGGGCAGUCAUCUUCGUCUACGCCGUCUCCCGAUAUUCCUCUUCCGCUCCCACCGCCGUCGCCUCCUCCACUAUGACUGUCCCUAUAUUCUCUUCCUACUUCAACCCAAGAACCUUCUUCGAAUCUUCCGUCGCACAAUACCUGGGGAAAAUCUCCUUUGCCAUCUACCUCGUCCACGGUCCCGUUCUGCACACUCUGGGUUAUACAGUGAUGAACUUCGUCUGGACUCAGAUGACGGGGACGGAGACGGACGGGCAGUACAUCAUAGGGUUUUUGCUGGCUAGUCUUCUGGUGGUGCCGAUGGUGGUCUGGGUGGCGGAUGUUUUUUGGAGAGGGGUUGAUGAGCCGGUGGUGAAGUUUGCUAGGAGGGUAGAGGAGAGGGUGGUUGUUGCUGGUGGGUAG